AUGAAGAAGAAGAAGGGCAAUGUCGCGGUGUCGGCGGCCGCAGCCGGACCUGCUCCGAAGAAGAGAGAACCCCAUGGAACCGCUCGGAAGCGGGGACGACGAAGUGACGCCGGUGACCUGAUCAGCCGCCUUCCCGACGCCAUCCUCGGCACCAUCAUCUCCCUCCUCCCCACCAAGGACGGCGGCCGCACGCAGGCGCUCUCUCGACGAUGGCGCCACCUGUGGCGCUCCGCACCUCUCAACCUCCAGGUCAGCCUCUGCCAGAACACCGCCGUCCCCGUCCCAGCCGCCCGCACCAUAAUCUCCCGGCACGCUGGCCCCGCCCGCCGGUUCUGCUUCCCCUGCCUCCGCGCCGGCCGCGUCACCUGCGCCGAGCUGGAGAGCUGGCUGCACUCCCGAGCCCUCGCCGGCCUCCAGGAGCUUGACAUCAGCUACGGGCACUACUCCGCGCCAGCGGGGACGAGCUACCCGCUGCCGCCGUCCGUACUCCUCCACUCCGCGCCCACCCUCCUCGUCGCCAGGAUCAGCGACUGCGAUUUCCCUGACCAGAUCGCGCCGACCGUGAACUUCCCCCUCCUCAAGCACCUCUCCUUGCUUUACGUUUCGAUCUCGGGGAAGGUCUUCCAUGGCCUGCUCUCUGCAUGCCGUUCCUUGGAGAGCUUGUACAUGUCCAAGUUUCGUUCGGUGGACAGCCUCUGCGUUAGCUCCCCGACUCUUCGGACCAUUGCCUUCCAAGGAAGUGCAAAAGUAGAACUGGUAAUCGAGGAUGCUCCGAACCUUGAGAGGUUACUUAUACCUGAAUCUGAGCGAGAUGAUUGUGUGACUAUCCGGGUAAUUAGCGCGCCUAAACUGAAGAUAUUGGGUCCUUACUCACCGGACUUCCACAAAAUACGGAUCUUCCAGGGUAUGAUGAGCCCAGUUAGCUCGGCAAACUCAAUGCACACAUUGAAGGUUUUGGCUCUCAGAUCUUCCGGCCAUGGACUGCACACAGUUCUUAACGUUCUCAGGGGGUUCCCUUGCUUGGAAAGGCUCUAUGUUAUUUUUUACAAACACCAUGAGAUGGAUAAGAAAAACGAGGCUUGGCACGACCCACUAUUUCCAAUCGAAUGCCUUAAGACCUAUCUAAGAAAGGUGGUGCUCAAGUCAUACGUAGGCUAUGACGAGCAGCAGGUUGGCUUUGCGAGGUUCUUUGUUUUGAAUGCGAAAGUGGAAAACAGAGCUUCCCGAGAUGCUCAGUUUGAAUUCAGGAGUAAUUGUUAUUGGACUGAUAGCCAGAUCAACAAGUGUAUCCAUGAUUUCUCAGUAGCCGACCCCUUCAGACAUCCAUAG